AAAUUUAGUACGUAUAAAAUCAUGUAUUAGUGUACGCCUGUAGAGAUAAAAAAACGUAGGUCGUAUAACAUGCUUAGUAUGCACUGAAUAAAUAUAGAUCUAAACUGGUUUUUGUGCAUAUUGGUAAAAGGUUAUUACUACAUCAGUUUGGUUACACGGAAUCAGUGAUAAAGGUUUUGAUCUUUUUUUUUAAAGAUGUAAAGAGUGAGACUAGUGACAUUGUGUCAUAAAAUAAAACGCGCUGAGUUUGGCAUCUUUUGAGGAAUAUGACUUUCUAAAGUACAACAGAACUUGUUUGAUUCUCAAUGGAAUGAGGACAAACACAAUUCUACAUGUAAACAAGGAGCUUGUUACAUUCAAAAGCCAGCUUGGAAUAGUAUGUAGUAAUUAGAAACUGUCUAAUUACUAUAAGAAAUUUGUUAUUAUUAUGUUAUUGUGUAUCAUCGCUAUUGCCAACUAUUAAUUCAGCAUGUCUAUUUGUAAAACUUGCUGUGAGACAUUAAGACAAUGUUCACUAUUCCAUGAAGCUAAAGUGGAGAAGUUACUCAAAGAUGGCGCCCAUCUCGCCCACUUGAACUUGUCUCACUGGCCCACUCUGAAACUAAGCGACCGCUAUCUUUCCACGCUAUUGAAGUAUGGGCUCAACACUCAAAUACAAAACUCGUCUGGCGAUACAGCUUUACACAUAGCUUCAAGUCUUGGCAGAGCCGGGGCUGUUAAGUUACUUUUAAAUCACGGAGCUGAUUGCAAUGUCAGAAAUAGGAGUGGCCGUACUCCAAUAUGUCUAGCUUCGAUAAAUGGACACAAUGACAUAAUACACAUAUUUCUAACUAAAGCAGUUGAUGUGAAUCAAGUGGAUAAAUUAGACAAAACUUUACUAAUGCUAGCUGCGGAAAAUGGCCACAGAGAUACUUGCCAACUUUUAUUAAAAAAUAAGGCAUUAGUAAAUUAUUGUGGUCGAAACGGCAGCGCAUUGCUAUGUGCAGUACAAGCCAAGCAGAUAACAACGGUGGGGAUCUUACUAAAACAUCACGCUGACGUGAACCAAACCACAGGACGUAAUGAUACUGCUCUAAAUAUAGCCAUCACAUCUGGAUGUCACGCUAUAUGUCUUUUGCUGUUAUCAAUGCCUGGUAUUGACAUAAACAAGGCGAACAACUCUGGCACGACCCCGUUAAUGGUCGCAGCUAUGAAAGGAGACGAAACGAUACUUGAAAAGCUGUUGAAGCUAAAAGCCGAUGCUAAUAUAGUAGACAAAGAUCAGAAUAACGCUUUAAUGUUGGUGUGUGCAAAUUCAAGGACUUUGUCAGUGAAACGGCUUCUUCCGAUAAGUCAAAACCUGAAUGAAGUCAACAGCAAUGGUCAAAGUGCAAUUAUUCUAGCAUCCGAGGCUGGCUCUAAAGACAUCGUGAAUGUCUUAAUUAAAGCAUCUGCUGAUGUUCAUGCAGUCGAUCGAAAAGGAAAUAGUUCUCUAAUUGUUGCUGCUUCCAGAGGACACUGUGAUGUAGCGAAACUUUUAAUCAAGAAUAAAGUUAAUGUUAACUGUGCCAAUAACUUUGGAACCACUGCUCUGAUGUUUUCUUGUAGAAACCAGUCUGACUGUUUAAAACUUCUCUUAGAUAAUAAUGCCGAUGUCCACGCCACGUGCAAACAAGGAAUGACUGCGUUGCUCGUUGCAUCAGAAGUCGGAAACUACAAAGCUGUCAAACUGUUACUUAAAAGAGGGUCACAAGUAAAUCAUACAGAUAACUCGGGGGAAACAGCACUAAUGAAGUCUGCAAAACAUAAGCACAAAAGUUGUGCUGCUAAUACCACCGAUGAGUGCAGUUAUGUUCGAAUAGUUAGGCUGCUGAUACAACGGAAAACUAACAUUCAACUGACAAAUGCUCUGGGAUGGACAGCAUUUCAUUUAGCGUGUAAAGAUGGUGAAAUUGAAAUUGUUGAUCUGCUGCUAAGGAAAUGUGCCGAUACGAACCAGAGAAAUAAACAAGGCAGUUCGCCUUUAAAAAUAGCUGCAUUAGGAGGUCAUUUACCGGUGGUAGAACUGUUGCUAAAGAGUAACGCCAAAGUCAAUGAGCAAAGUAAUGGGUGUACACCUCUGCACAUUGCGGCGCAAUCAAACGACCAACCUGACUUAGUGAAAUUGUUGCUACUUUUUGGAGCUGACCCCAAGAUAAGGACAAAAGAAGGUUACACGGCACUCUUUCUUGCAGCUGAAAGAGGUCACGUGAAAAACGUUAAACUGUUGAUUCGUUAUGGAUUUACAAUCUCAGGCGACAGAGUGUGUCCGAUGCUGUAUGCUGUAAUUAGAGGGCAUUCUCAGUGUGUUAGCUUAUUUCUGGAACAUACACGUACGCUAGAAGUGCAUCAUAAAAAGCUGUUUUUGUUUGUCGCCGCUAAAGCAGGACAUUACCCUGUUCUCGAAAUUUUACUAAAGUUUUUUUUAUCGAAACAGAUUCCCCUCAACUCUGUAUUGAAUGCUGCGGUUAAAUUUGAUAGUUUGAAGAUCGUCAAAGGACUUCUCCAUAACUUUACACGCCAUUUUGAAAAAAAUGAUAUAAAUGAAGCGCUGAUAAUCGCUUGCAAUGAGAAUCGACCCCAGGUGGCCAAUUGUCUUUGUUUAUUUGGAGCAAAUGUUAAUUAUCAAAACAAAAUGGGAUUUACACCUUUGAUUCUUGCAGCUGCAAAAGGAUAUUUGGAAAUUGUCCAAGUUUUGAUCUCUUCGAGACGCUGCAACGUGGAUUAUAAGACCGAGGCUGUGACCAGCUCAGCCAGCUCACCCAAGCCUGCUACAACUCUUGCUGAGGCGUUGACCUCAAUAACUGCUCUACACGUAGCUGUCCAGUGUGGCCGCCUCCAGUGCGCAGAGACUUUGCUGAAAGCUAAUGCUGAUGUGAAUGUCGAGAACAAUUAUGGAUGCACGCCACUAACGAUUGCCAAGUUCAAUCACAACGAGCAAAUUGUGAAUCUUUUAACCAACUACAACGCCAGAGAAUCAGUUGUGUCCAAUGAUUUACUGCAAUCUCAGAGGGCGACAACCAAUAUAAUUAUUCAAGGUCUUUCUAGUUUACACAUCAACCAAGUCGCUGAUGUCGACAUACAGAAUGCACUCAAAGUUUUUCUUUAAAUGUUUCCUCUGACAGUUGCUUUCACUAUAUUCAAGAUAAUGUAUAAUACUCUCCUUUACCAUUAAAGCAAAGAGCUCAAAGAUGAAAACAAUGUCCUUUCCAAUGAUUACUAGAAGGUUUUGGGAUUCAUUGUUUUGAAAAACCAAUUAAAUUUCUUUUGUUCUCC